UGCAAAGUACCCGGUUGCUUUAAGGGGUGGGGAAAUACUGCUCCAAUUUAGGCUGGAAUUACCUGCUUUCGACUUUUUCAUGCUUUUCGAUCUGUACAAAGAAUCCCCGAAGUGAUCCAGAAAAAACCCAAGGGACAAACCAGGCUCCCAAGAAAAUUGUGACUCCCUCGAAAAAGAAACGGAGAACCUCUCAAGCGGACUGGGUAAACUGACAAAGGGUUUUGUGACAGGGCUGGAGAUCCGAAAGUGGAAACUUUUCCAGUGUUUGGCUAGUUUUAAAGGAGUAUGUGCCAAAGGAAAUUCAGAGGGAAGACAGGCACCAUCCACCUAGCAGGAAGCGGAGUUUUCAGAGGGCAUUGUUCUCUGUAGGGUGAGGUUGGAAAGCCUCGUCUGGAGGUUACCCCUGGCUUUUUGACAGAGGACAAUGUCUGUAAAAGCAUGCAGGAAUCGCAGGAAGCACACGUGUCCGGCCACCUAGAGGAGAUCGUGGCUGCGGUCAGUGUCACUCCCAGGAGGAAGCCCCAGAGCAGGCUGCCCCAGACAGCACUGUUCCAGCCACCACGGGAGAAGCUGCACCUCUGCGAGGAGAAGGCCACACGCUACGCCAGCAGCCACGAGUAUAAACAGGCCGUCCACGAGCUCACGCGGUGCGUGGCACUGACGAGGAUUUGCUAUGGGGACUCGCACUGGAAGCUCGCAGAGGCUCACAUCAACCUGGCUCAAGGGUACCUCCAGCUGAAAGGGCUGUCUCUGCAAGCAAAGCAGCACGCAGAGAAGGCCAGAGACAUCCUCGUCCACGCCAUUGUGCCUCCCUACAAUGACGACACGGACGUUUUCAGGUGUUCUGUGGAGCUUUUCCAUACCCUGGGGAGAGCCUCUCUCUCCCUUCAGCAAUUUAAGGAAGCGGCCGAGAACUUGGCAAAAGCGGAGAGACUUUCCAAGGAGCUGCUCCAGUGUGGGAGGAUCAUCCGGGAAGAAUGGUUGGAAGUCCAGGCGCGGACCCAGCUGUCGUUCGGACAAGUGUGUCAAGGCCAGAAGAAAUCAAAAGAAGCUUUGCCCCACUACCAAGAGGCUUUGGAAUGUGUCCAGACCAGCAAAGGGGACAAGAGUCGGGAGUGCGUGCCGGUUUUGAGGGAACUAGCGGGUGCGGAGCAAGCCCUGGGGUCCCACGACACAGCCAUCGACCAUCUGUCACAGGCACAUCAAAUCGUGUCGAGUAGAAACCCUUCUCAAGAAGAGGCCGCAGACUCCGCGCUCUCUGUCGCCCGCGCUGCCGCUGCGUCUGGAAGGCCCGAGGACCGCGAUGUGGCUGAGCAGUAUUUCCAGGAGAGCCUGGCUCACCUGAGGGAUUGCGAAGGGACGGGAAGAGCCCAAUUUCUUUCAAUUCAGGAUGAAUUUUGCCAUUUUCUGCAAAUCACAGGACAAAAAGAGAGAGCAACCGCAGUCCUGAGGGAGUCCUUGGAAGCCAAAGUGGGUGCAUUUGGCGACUUCAGUCCGGAGGUGGCAGAGACAUACCGACUCCUAGGUGGGGCGGACCUGGCGCAGGGGAACCACAGCGGGGCCCACAGGAAACUGAAGAAGCUGUCCUGGAGGACGGUGAUGGUAGCUUGUUCCAAGACAGUGGCCAGGGGCUGGAGCAAAGGCAGGAGGGAGUCAAGGGAUGUCGAUCAGGAUGUAGAGCCGGCACCCGGCCACCCGGAGUGUCUCCAGAUUCAGACCCUUCUAUACGGACCACAGGACAAGAGGACCCUGGCCACCCAGCAGACCCUGGACGUCCUGGCCAAGGCCCCGGAGGUUGCCGUGAAGCUGAAGCAGGCUCCAAAAGCCAAAUGUCACUGAAAGCCAAAUGCUGUCGGCAAGGCCAGGCUCAACGCAGAGGACAGAAACCCCUGACCCCAAAACAAGCGUCCGGCAUGCCUAGGCACGGCCACCUAGGGUUCGUACCGAUCUCUCUC